AUGAACAAGUUUAGUCUUACAUUCAUUUAAAAAAGUUUGGAAUUAAAAUAUUAAGAUCAUAGAUAUUUAUCAACAAUACCUGCUUGCAAAGCUAUUAAUUUAAUGUGUUUUUUAAUUUGCAUGAUUAGAUCAAUAUUUUCUGCUAUUAAGUAAGAUUAUAUAAAUCUUAUCAUAUUUGCUCCACUUGGAUUACUUGUUUUCAUUGUUCACUUUGUAGUUAUGUUUUAUAAAAAAUAAUGGAUAGAUUUCUAUCUAGUAGGAAUAAAUCAUAUUUUAAUGUGUUAUCAAGUAUAUACAGAAGCAGAUUUCAAACCAUAAGAAGCCUUUGUUUUUGGAUAAAAUAUGAUGGUUAUACACACCAUUAUUAUAUUAGUAUCAGAUUUUAAAUUUGCUGUAAUCUAAGUUAUUAAUAAUGCCAUCAUUAAAUUAGCAAUUGCAAGAUAUUUUUAAUCAGACAUUUCAAUUUAAGCCUUUAUCUAUUGUUUCAUUCUCUCAUUUAUGAUUCUAAUUCCUCUCCAAAGAACUAACAAAUAAUAUAGAGAAUCAUUUCUAUAUACAUCAUAAAAUAAUUCAUUAGGUAUUACUAUUAAAAAUUCAAAUAGAUUGGAUUAUCCCUAAAAUUAUUGAGAACCCUUUUGUUAUAUUUGUUUAUGACUAUGAAAAUGUUGGCUUUCAUGUCAAAUUAUCUAAUUUUAAUACUUUCAAUUAAUUUGAAUCAAGUAAUAAUAAUGUUCAAAAUCUUAAUUCACUUUUAAGAAAAUAUAAAAUUAAUGGAAAUUCACUUGAAACCUUCAUUCUCAAUAGAAGAUAAUUAUCUGAACAAAUUAUUGUCAAUUAAUAACAUGAAAUUGUUAAUUCAAAGAAUUAUUCAGAUAAAAUAUACAUCAAAUAUUCAGAAGUUUAACUUACUGAAUAAACUUUUAUUAUAAUACUCGAUUAUAAACAAUAGGAUUAUAUAAAAAUGGAAAAAAGAAUAUAAAAAUUAGAAACAGGAAUUAAUCUAUUUUUAUUAAAUAUGAAAGGAUUUUUAAUUAAACAAUUAAUAAUGUUAAAUAACUCUAAAGGAAAGGAUUCAUCUUUUAUAUAUAUGAACAAAGUUAAUUUAAUGUACAUUCUCACCAAACUCUCUGUUAGAUAAAAUUUAUUUGUACAUAAAUGUAAAAUUGUACCAAAAAUAAAUCAUUUUAUUAAAUUAUUCAAUAAAGCCUACAAAAAGAGAGUUAAUUUUUAAUUUGAGAAACAGCAUAUUUAAAUUACUACUUAUAAGAAUGUAUUUGAAGAACUCUUAACAAUCUUAAUGACAUUCAUAUUUCGACUAUAAACAAAUUCCUAAACUAAAUUAAUAUUACGUGGAAGCUAUUAUUAAAAUGAAUAAUUUUUAGAUCUUCUAAUUAAAUUCGAUUAGUCCUUUUAAUUAUUUUAAUAGCUUCAAUAAAAUAGUCAUUUUCGAAAGAAUCUUAAAUAAAUAGGACCAUGUGAUAGAUUACUUAUGGAAAAUAACGGUAAAUAUAAGAUAGUAUUUAUUAUUAGUUGUAAUUAUUAGAUUAUAUAAGGAUUUGAGUUAGGUUAAUCAAUUAUAAACCUUUCUGAAUCAUUCCAACCUUAAACAAACUAAUUCUAUUUGA